AGAUAUGGGACCUGUUCAUGGCAGUUUUUUUGCAGCCUGUUGCUUCGAAAUUCAUAGAUUAUGGGUAUACAUUCGUUGCACAUCUCAAUAAUUUUCCAUUAUUUUGUAGUAAAGGUUUUUAUUUUAAGAGCAGUUACAACACAGCCUUUCUUUGCUUGAUAUAAUGUCAAAGCAUUUGAAUGCUGUAAAUUUGGCUGGAUUUUGUGGCAGUAGUAUGCUUGUUGAGAAGUGUUGUUAUUGUAUAAGAACAGAAUAACAUGAGACGUAUCAAAAUAACACUCACUUAUUUGAACUUAUUGUUUUUUGUGGAAUGACUUCGGUAUCUGUAUGCGGAUGAACUGGACCAAGAAAUGUUCCCAAAUGAAGUGAACCUUACCCGCUUGCCGUCAAAGAUCUUUCUCAUUUCUAGCUGCAGGUUGAGAUAAAUCCGGACCGGAUUGACUCAGUCUGACCAUAUUGGAAAACGAUGCAUUUGCCAUUUGUUUGAAUUCGCGUUUUGUCGGCUUCCAGCAAUAAUGAUGAAUAACGAACGAAUAAUAAAACCAACGGGGAAAUCACCGCCAACUGAGUUUGAACUGCGCGAAAGCAGUCUGUCGUUGUUGCGAUCGGAGUUGAAUUUAGUCAUCCAGGAGCGGGAUACGUUACGCUUGCAGCUGGAACAGCUGAGAAUGUCACGGCCACCGGACCAAGAUGAUCUGCAUGCAUUGUCACCGCGGCUAGACCGGCUCAGUUUGCCUGCCGAGUACGAAUACAAAGCUAUGAAGACUCAGCUCGAACGUGCGUUGUCCGAAGUGCAGAACCUUAAAAAAAAAAUUGCAGAAAACGCCAAAGAAGUGGAAUAUUUUCGGAGUAAGCACCGCACUGCUCUGCAGGAAAUCCACCAACUGAAUAAUGAGAAAUUCGAUUUGCGAAGUCGUUUAAGUGCGGUGGUGAUCGAAAAGCAACAAUUAGAGUUGGAGGUCAGUGAUGUACAGCAUAAUCGCGAUGUUGAGCACGAGGAGCUAAUGGAGAUGCGGCGGCUCUAUCAUGAAAACCGGGAUAUGUAUGAUCCCGAUGGGCGUAUAAGUAAUCUGAUGGUUACGGAAAGAGAGAAUUUGCGCGAACGCUAUGAGAGUUUAGCGAAUAAAUAUUCUCAGAGUUUGGAAGCUCAUGCGACUACUAUGAAACAACUUGAAUCAUCUGAAAAGGAAAACUCUCGGCUCAAGCGUGUGUCCGAGGAGGCAACAAGCGAAAAGAAUGAUGCACUGAUCGAGAGAAACACUUUGAAACACCAGCUGAAUUCCCUAAUGAAGAAGCGUGACGCCGCGGUAACCGAGCGCGAUCUUAGUCAUCGACGUGAAGGAGAGCUUAUCAUGCAGAUAAAUGAUUUAGAAAGUGGGCGAAUCAAUCACGACAAGGAAUUACGCCGAUUAACAGAGGAACGCAAUUCCGUUCUACAAGAGUACACUCAGAUUAUGUCGGAGCGUGCGACUGUUCAUCAGGAAAUGGAUAAGCUGCAGGAGGAUCUGGUAGCUGCUCAGAAGCAGAUUACCACGAUUGAACAAGUGAAGAAGGCAGCGGCAAAUGAGGUGGAAACGCUCCGGAGGGAAAUUAUGAGUGCCCUGAACGAUCGCGACAAGGCCAUGAAGGACUGUCAUGACCUUCGGGAAAAACUGGCUAAUCUGGAGAUGGAUGUUCAACGAAAUGCCGACAGUGAAAAGUAUGCUGAGGAUAUGAAUAAUCUGAAAGCGGAAGUGGAAACGCUGAAAAGUAAUGUGGUUAAAGCUGAACGUGAAGCCGAGAUUCUGGAGAGUCGACGAAAUUGGGCGUUCAGUGAGCGUGAUAAGAUUGUACUGGAGCGAGAAAGUAUGAAGAUUCUGUGUGAUAAUUUACGUCGAGAGCGUGAUAAGGCGCUAGCCGAUCUGGCGGAAGUGCGGCGGGAUCUGGAUGAGAUGCACAAGCUGCGCAGUCAGGCUGUCAAUGAGGCGGCCGAGUUGCGUGACAGAGUCGAGCAGCGCUCUUAUCGGGAUGUUCGCGUUAAACAACUCCAUAACAAACGCCAUAAUGAAAGUCGAGAUUCGGCAAUCGAUGCAGAUUUUGCUGUUGAUAUGCUCACCGAGACACUUGAAGUGGAUUUGAGUGCUGAGCCGUCAAAACUUGGAUUUGAUCUGUCCGGCGGCAUUGAUGAUCCCAACUAUCGCAGAGCGCUGUAUGUUAGCCAUGUGGCUAAAGGAAGUGCAGCAGAGGGAAAACUACAAGUAAGUGAUCAUGUUUUGCGGGUGAACAAUGUGGAUUUGAUGAAUGCAGACCGGCAAACCGCACUACAAAUAUUGCAUGCUUCCAAUGGAACCCUUAGUCUACUGAUUCGACGCCGGAGAACAGUCAAACCGACACCUAAAUUCAUCAGUCUGAACUGCCAUGUUGCGCCGGCAUCAGAAUUGGGUUUAACAACAGCCAAGGGAUUGUUCAUCACCCGUUUGUCCAGUUCCUCACCUUUGCGAGAUAUGGGUUUGUGCGUUGGUGACCGGAUUACCCAGGUGGCCGGAGAAAAUGUUGACGAAAAGUCACCGGAGCAGUUGCAGUCGCUGCUUGAGGUCUUUCAGAACCACGUCGUGCGUAUGAAUAUCAUCCGCUACUUUGCCACUUCUCCUUCUCUUUCCACCAGUCCAUCCGCUCUGAUGCAGUGCAGUUCCGAUGUUUCGGAGAGCGACAAGAACAGUAAUCGCAUAUCCUCAAUAGCAACCAAUUCAGAAUCGCCAAUACAUCAGCCGGUCUCCACUAGCUCAGUCGCCGUUCAGACGGAGCAGGAUCUGAUAAGGAACGACUCCACGUUGAGGCAAAAGAAGCCUAGUGACUGGCGAAGUCUGUUCGAAUCUAAAGAGAAGGCGCGACCCCGAUUGGAUAAUGUCUUCCCCGGAAUCGAUAUUAAAUCAGGCUCCACCGUAGUGAAAACUACCCGCGUGAGCUCCGCGAAAAUUCCCAAAGCGCAAAACUUCUUUGAUAAGCUACUGGGGCGAGAGCGAAAACCGCGUCCCACGAUCGAAUUGGUUCCAAAUGCUAUAGAAGAGCGCAGCGCAAUCGAGCAGUUGGAGUCGGUGGUGGAGCACUAUCAGUCAUCGCACGGAAGCCGUUCCACCACCAAAAAGCGCAUUGAGAAUUACAGUGACAAGUUUCCCGGUGGCACGUGGCCGAAGAUCAAGGGAUCGUCUCCAGAAAAUCUGGAGAAAAUGGCAAUCGAUAAAUCCUCACCGAAAGAACUUAGCCGAAAGUCAACAAAUUCUCUCACUCUGCAUUCCCGCACACCUGCUUGGGUUGUGACUGAUAUAAACAUUGACGAUGAUGCCACUGUCCCCUCAACUCCCUUUAACCGGCACUGUCAAACUAACCGAUCAACCUCACAGUCGCACCGUUUGAGCAUGCCGCCGAUAUAUGAUACGCGCAUUUUCUCCCCUCCCUUGCCGCAGGAAACUGCUCCCCGGCAACUCCUGACCAGUUAUCCAGAAAGCAUCGACGUAGACAGCGCGUCGGUAUCGUCAUCGGUAGAUUUUCCACCCACACCGAAAUUUGAUUCGCGUAAUUUUGCCAUGGACUCUGUUAGCGGAAGUGGAAUGUACCAGCGGUCCGUGCCCGCCCAAUAUCCCGGCAUUCCUACGUCAAGGGUCUUCUCCCCGGUGAUCAAUAACAGCAUUUAUAAAAGCAUCGAUUCUCGCGCAUCUUCUGCUAUGCACCCGAUGAGUCCGUUGCCUCACGUUCCCAUGGAUCGUCUACCGAUGUACGCCACGGUGGAUCCUCUGCUCAUGCGCCGACCGGUCUCUCUGGGCAUUCCCACCCGCCAGCAGCCGUGGAUGGAGCCGGAUUACGCAUCGCCCCGCAGUCAGCGAAUGGUUUUUCCUCCCGGAUUCUCCAACCCGAACGGUUCAUCCAAAUCGUCGCUCAGUUACGCCUCCAACGAAGCGGAUUGUCAUAGUCCCAUCUUGGACGGACACUCUUUGAAAAAAAAUCCCACACCGCUGUACCAGACCGUCCGAAAGCGACCGGAACUGGGACUGAAGCGCACUGUUCGGUUAGAUUGGUACAACAGAGAAUAUUCGGGAUUCAAUAAAGAGUACCCGUAUCCUGGUUUUAAAAUUGUCGAACUGGAGAAAGAAAUUUUGUGUCGUCCGGUGGUGGAGAACAGCGCAGCCGAUCGGGCUGGAUUGGUGGCUGGUGAUCAGUUGAUCGAAGUGGAAGGCAUUAAUUUUCGUAGUGUGCAGUAUCACGAUGCGGUGAAAGUGUUGAAGAAUGCAUUCGACAGCAGCAAUGUCCGAGUAUCGCCGGUUAUUACCAUGCAGGUAGCAUACCGGGGUCCGUUCCAGUCCCUGGGAAAUUCGACUGGAAGCUUUGUGCAGAGCCCGAUAUCGUCCAGCUCAACUGUCAACACAGACUCAAUGCGUGGUCCAACCGGAACACUAAAGGCGACGCUGCGCCCCUCCAUCGAAUCAGUAAAAGAGCAGAGUCCAGAUUCGGUUAGCGGGAUGCACGAAGCCCGGUUCGUUAAGUUGAACAAAGGCUUAACAGAGAGUCUCGGCGUGAAUUUAAUUGGCGGAAAUGUCCAUGGCAUUUUCAUCCAUUCCGUCAAGCCCGGCAGCGUGGCAACUGGUCCCAACGGCCUUGGUUGCGGUGAACAGAUCUUGGAAUAUAAUGGUGUAAAUAUGCGCAAUCUCCUUUUGGAGAAAGCUAUGAAUGAACUGUGCAAGCCCGUCCAAACGGUAUCCAUUGUGGUGCAGUAUAAUCCGGUCAAAUACGAAUUGGCGAAAUCGACGGCCGGCGAUACCUUAUACGUCCGUGCUUUAUGGGAUCGCGAUAAAUCUCAACUCCAGGACGAGGAUCUCAUGUUUCACAGGGGUGACAUCCUGUUGAUUGACAAUACACUGUACAACGGCGAGAUUGGCUCGUGGCGAGCAUGGCGCAUCGGGGGUAAUGCCGAGAAAACCGGUGAUUGUGGAAUCAUUCCCAAUCGGUACAAUGCUGAGGAGGAAGUGCAGCGGUUGCACCAGUCCGUGACUGACGUUGUGGACAGCCUGGAUCCCCAUCGACGAAGCGCACGGCGGAGCUUUUUCAAACGCCGGAAAAUUCACCGCCAGCCCGGACGGGAAUUAGCCUCGUUCUCCAGCAGUUCAUUGGGAACGGAUAAUUUCUCCGUAGCACCGGAAGAGCCAAUCAUUCCCACUUAUCAGAAAGUCGAAAAAUUGGUGUAUGAGGAAAUGCGUCCGGUUAUCAUCUAUGGACCGCUUUCGGACGUUAUCAUGGAUCGAUUGGCAACGAGUUUUCCUCACAAAUUCUGCCGGUGUCCGGUAAUGCGGGCUCCGCCAGAAACCGCAUCCCUUGAAGAGUCCGAUGUGGUGGAAGUGAGGCAGUGUAUGGAAUCAUGGGAAACGGUGACUGUCGAUUGUGUCCGCCGAGUGAUGGGCGAGGAAAGGCACUGUUUGAUGGACAUCAGUGUGACCUCGCUGGAACGACUGCGCGGUCACGAAAUCCAGCCAAUUAUACUCUUAACCAAAUUCCGUUCUCCAGCAAGUAUUCUGGGCGUUAGGGACGAGAACAGUGAGCCGGUGGGUGCGCGUUUAUCGUCGAAAGCGGCAAAAGAGUUGUACGAGUUGGGCGCACGAAUGGAAUCGGAGAAUGGUAAGAUGAUUAGCGCCAUCAUACCGGGUGAUGCGGCCACGCUUUCCUAUAUGAUAUCGUUGGUGUUGAAGGCGGUCGAGGAGGCACAGACCACACCGCAAUGGAUACCGGUUGGUCCCGUAUUGUGAUUGAUAUUCGGCAGCUUUUUCUGCACCUUUUCUAGUUCAUGGUUUUCUGAAUUUCUGUAUCAGAUGUUUUUACUGGUUGAGCAGUUGAAAGUUCUGGCUGUUGGAAGCUAUACCGUAGAUACGUCGGAAUGGUCCCUGAAUCGCUUGUAUCCCUGUAAUUUCUUUUACCAUUUUAUCAAUUUUAUUGUUGUAUGUAUUUCAUUACGGUCAGUAAA